AUGGAAAUAUACAUCGAUGCGAUUAAAUGUUCAAUUUCGAAACCUGAUAUUACAUGGAAAGAUGACCCAUUCGAAAAUCCUUAUAAAAUUCUACGCGAAAAAAUUGGAGAGACUUCUACGGAACAGGAUAAUACUUCCGAUUUACGAUUGAAUUUUGCAAUUUUAUUAGGGAAAGUUUAUUUGAAGGUUGGUUCUCUAAAGGCUUAAUUAUCGAACAAAAAACAUUAUUUUUCAGCUCGCGGAACAAAUUGAGAUUCAGAAAAGUAACAUCGAAGACGAAUAUCAAGUAUUAUCUCUCAACAAUAUCACAUUAAUCUGUGAAAGUUUUCAAUUUUUCGUCCUCACUUCGAUUUUACCAUUUGUUGAAGAAGGAGUGGGAAUUGGAGCACAAUAUCGAUCAAAAUUUGUUAAAUCUUGGAAAUUGUUCAAUGGAGAUAUAAAAGAGCAGAAAAAAUAUGUAAGUUUUUUGUGACCUUUGGUUUUUUAGAAGUAAAUAUACAUUUUAGCUCGAAAAUGCUGCAAAUGUUAUAGUGAAUUUAUUUCAAGCAAAUGAACCACUUCGAAUUCAAUUAACUAAAAAAUUUAUCGAUGAUUUGAUGGCUCUACGUUUUCAACUUCAAAGUAUCGGAAUUUCAAAAUUCGAUGAGAAUUUAUCAAAAAUAAUCGAAGAUUCUCCAAAAGAUUUACAAAUUUCUGCACUUCUUGCUUUAUGUAAAAACAAAAGAGGCGCCCCAGUUUGGCUUCAAAAUGUCUGUGGACAAGAACUCUCAAAAAUCCUGAUGAAAUCUGAUGGUUUAUUCAAUUUUCUGGUUUAUUAUGAUGAUGUUGGCGGGGAUAAUUGGACUGAAAAUAUUCCAUUAAGACGAUUUGUUGCGCAAGUUUUGGCGAUGGUUCCGAAAAUCGAAAAAACUUCGACACUUUCUUAUCAUACAAAUAUUUUCAAACAAUUUUUGGCGAUUUUUGACAAAACGGUAGAUUUUUUGAAACUUUCCCUGUAGUUUUGUUUUUUUCCGAGUUUUCAAAUUUUCCAAAUUAUUUAUAAAAAAUUUUCAGGCUUCAAAUCAACAAUCAAACAAAAAAGUAUAUCAAAUAUUCUGUGAAUUUGUUUCAAUUUUACAACAAAGUUCCCAGCAGAAAUAUAAAAAUAGUGCAAAUCUGGUUAUUUUUGACUAUUUAUUACGAGAUUUGGAAAUUCUUGCUGAACAAAUGCAUACAACAACAAGUUUUGAUAGAAAAAUUGAGAAUUUUGAUGAUAUUCAAAACAAUUUGGAAAUUAUUGAAAAUAUGAUAAAAAUUGGAGGAUUUGAACCGAAUGAAAGAAUUUUGAGACUAUUCACGGUGUUUUUGACAUUGGAGAGAUUCGAAAUUGCAAAGGACAUUUUGAAGAAAGUUGAGAAUCCUGGAGAUUUAUUGUAUUCUUAUAUCAUGAGAGAGAGCAGAAAUUUGAGAAUUUUGGAAAAAGAAAAACCGAAAGUAAUUGAAAUUAUUGACGAAGAAAAAGGAAAAGAAGGAGAAGAAUUAUGGAUUGAUGGAAUUGAAGAGAAAGAAAUUGGACUUGCAAGAAGAUUAGAAUUCGUAUGUGAUUCGCUCGAUAAAUUAUUUGAGAAACGAAGUUUAUCAGCUGAUGUUUUAUUGGAAAUGCUUUCGAAUGGAGUUGAAGAAUGGAUGAAGAAUAUUGAUUGUUCGGAAGAGGAUUCGUAUAGAUUUGUAGAGAAUUCGGAACAAAAUAAUGCGUUAUAUUCACAUUUAUUGGUUGGAUAUUGUUUUGAAAGAAUUGCGGGCUAUUUAUCGGAAGAUGGAUUUGUUUUGGAGAAUUCUAAAUCAAUUUUCGCAUUGUUGAAAAUUGUUGAGGUGAAUUUAAAAAAAUUGUAUUUUGUUUUGGCUAUUUUUUUGUCCGAAAACCUUCGUUUUUUAUAUAAUUUAUCUUCAGAGCGUUAUUCUAAAAUCGAACAAAUUCAUGAACUUUUUAAUCAAGAAGUCGAAUGAGAUGGAUAUUUUCAAAAUAAGUGAGGAAGAUGGUUCUCGAUUCGAGGUAUUUUUUUGGAUAGGCCUAAAAUGAUUUUGAGAAGCCUAAAAUGAGCCUAAAAAUAGGCGACUUGUUUUAGAGGAGAUCUAAAUUAGUCCUUAUUUUUUAAAUUUCAAAAUUAAUUUCAGGUCAUGAUUGAAACCGCAAAAAUGGCAAUCGGUUUAGCUGGCGGAAUUGUUGUCGCCGCAACUUUUCAUCAAAAUAUCCUCGAAAACCUUGAAAACGCGUUCCAAAGUCUCAAAAAAUUCGUCGAAAUCAGCUCAUCUCUACCAACAUCUCUCAACAAUGAUAAACUUCAAGCGAUUUGCGAAGAUGCCAGAAAAUUAUUGGAUUUGAUGAAUAUUCGAGUAGAUCAACAUGUUUCUGAACCAUCAACUUCAGGAUUUUCAACACAAACUUUCAAGAAUUCUGAUGAAUGUGAAGAAAUGUUGCAAGAUUUACGAAAUCCACAAGAAGAAUUAGCAAUUCGUGGAGGUGUUCUUAUUCAAAUUUCGAAAAUUUUCCGGAAAAGAAAUCUCAAAUUUAUCAAAAGAUUUGAAGAAUUGGAUGUUUUUGAAGAGGUCAAAACUCAAAUAGUUCAUCCGGAUUCGUAUAUUUUUCUGUCUGCAAUUAAUUGUCUUGGUGAAAUGGCUGUUUAUAAUCGGAAUUAUCUCGAUAAACUCAUUGAUUUGUAUUCGGAUAUGGAGAAUGUGAGUUUUUUGUUGGGAUUCUUUGUGCAGAUUUUGAGGCAAAAAUAAUAUUUCAAUUUUUUCAGUCUUCUGAAGAACAAAUAAUUCGAAAAGGCAGAAUUUGUGAAGCAUUGGGAAAAAUAUUCAAAGAACUCGGACAAGUUUCAAUAUUUUAUCUCGAUCGAAUUUGUCGCAUUUUCCUUGAAUCAAUCAAACAAAAUGAGGAAAUAAUUCGAGCGAGUAGUUGUUCAGCACUUGGAGAUAUUAUAAUUGCAUCACGAGGAAGAGGCAUUGAAAAAUGGUUGGAUGAAGUAUUGCAUAUUAUUGAUUCACUUGUUUUGAUUGAUAAAUCGGCUUUAGUUAGAAGAUGUGCUGUUGAUUUGAUUAGGCAAUUGAUUCGAUCGUGUUCGAGUGAUAUUUUGCAGGUGAGAUUGGAUGUUCAAAAAGAGUGUGAAAAAUUGAAGACAAAAGGAAAAAACAGUUCUCCCGUAUUUAAUUUCAAAUGACAAAAACUGCUUGGUUCGGUCUAUUGUUUCUUUGUGUGCUCUUGUGUCUUCAAAAUUUGACCAUGGUUAGGCUCUGCCGAAUUUUUCAAAACUUUCUUCAACCUUCAAAGCCUAAAAUAACUGUACAUAAUUUAAUUCUAGAUUCUCGGAAGUCGACUUCGAGACAUUCAUCGAAAAAUCAUAUCAAUUUGGAAAUAUGAUCGAGAUGAUAUUGUUCGACUUCAUGCCCAAUUAUGCAUUGAUGAAUUGAAUGCAGAACUCAAAAAUCUGUUCGAAGAAGAGAAUUCGAGAUAUUGUAGAACUAUCAAAUUUUGA